AGCCUCACAGCCUCACACAGCACCACCCUCAGCCUCACAGCCUCACACAGCACCACCCUCAGCCUCACAGCCUCACACAGCACCACCCUCAGCCUCACAGCCUCACACAGCACCACCCUCAGCCUCUCAGCCUCACACAGCACCACCCUCAGCCUCUCAGCCUCACACAGCACCACCCUCAGCCUCUCAGCCUCACACAGCACCACCCUCAGCCUCUCAGCCUCACACAGCACCACCCUCAGCCUCACAGCACCACACAGCACCACCCUCAGCCUCACAGCUUCACAGCCUCACACAGCACCACCCUCAGCCUCACAGCCUCACACAGCACCACACAGCACCACCCUCAGCCUCUCAGCACCCCGCGUCGUCACGAGUCCUCGCUGCCCGUGCGCUCUGGGCCGCCCUCGCCAUGAAGUGGGGCAGCUACAAGUACCGAUUCGUGCCUUGGAUGUGGCUCAAUAUUCUCAAAAACCAGAGGACGCUGCGUGUGGUGUGUGCACGAGGUGACGGGGAGCAGCUGGGCCAUGGCGAGGUGGCAGCACAGCUGCUAUCACUUCUCCAGGCCCUGAAUAGGGAAGCGGGGCGGCCCGUGGACGUGAUGCGCGCCUCUCUGGGCUUUGCCGUGGAGCGCGCUGCGAGCUCCGUUCCCGGAGCGGGUGCCGGAGUGUUCGUCACGAGAGGCGCCGUCCCCGCCCACGCGCUCGUCUGCCUCUACCCAGGCACAGUGUAUCAGAAGUUUGAGCCGGUGCUGUUCCAAUCGCUGGGCAACCCAUUUAUGUUCUGCUGCCUGGACGGCGUGCUGGUGGAUGGCCGUGACCGCGGCCUCUCCCGGAUCGUCUACAGGUCUUGUAGUGGGCGGGACAGGCUGGGGCCACACGCCCUGAGUGAUGUCACGUGGCUCACUCCCCAGCCCAUAAAUCCACUCAGCAUUGGCCAGUACAUCAACAACUGCUCAAAUGAAAAGGAAGCGAAUGUGUGCUACCAGGAGUUUGAUGUGCCUCCAGCAUUUCCCUUGAACCUGCGCCGGUUCCUUCCCAACGUGCCCUACAGCCACGACAUCGAGAGGCCUCUGCGUUGUGUAGUAUUGGUGUCCCUACGAAAGAUCCUUUCCGGAGAAGAACUUUUCUCCAACUACUACACCCUAGUUCAGUGAAUACCCACAGUGAUGCUCAGGUCGUUUAUCUCACAACUUCCCACAUCAGCGUCCUCCAAGGCUUAAUCUUGGAAAGUGGUAAGGGAAGGGGAGCCACAUUUCCUUCAGGGCUGCGGGUAUUAAACUACCCUUAAAAAGACGAGUAAAUGAAUAACUGCGGCUCAACACUUGACUGCACCAGCGGAAGAGAAGACAAUGGGACAAAGAUACGAGUGGGCUGUAAGAUUAGAAUCCAGAUGCUUUCUCUUGCUCCACCAUUGCUGGCCAUGGACUGUUCCUGCAUCAACACAAACGCUCUCUCGCGAGCUAAAGAGCACGAGUCCCUGAAAUAUAUUUGUUCAAAACAGCCAUAAAAUUGUGCAUGUUAAUUUGUGUUGCCAUACUUAAAAGUUCAAGGAACCUCAUGAACUACAUUAAUUUAAACUCAUUUUUAAGGGACAAUGUACCCCUGAAACAUGCAUGUCGCCAAGUUUGAAAGUCCAUGGCAUUUGCAAUACAAUUUUUACUUUUCUGAUGUAAACUUGUGUUUUGAAUUACUUCACACGAGCCACUGAAGCCUACACAUUUUGUUAGGAAAUGCCACAUAUCCACCCUGAUUUGGGGGAUGCAAUCCCAUACAUUUAAAAUUAUUACACAUGCGUGUUGCACACGUAGAAGGGUAUAAUAAGAGUUCGUCCAUAAUGUAUCCAUUUAAGUUUGCAUCCACGAGGAUUUGUAAGCCUGGUAAGCUUGGGUGGUGAAAUGGCCCAGUGGUACUGUAAACAUACGAGCAGCCUGCUUCAGUUGGCGUUGAAGAUCCUUGGAGGUCAUUCACAAGAAUAGGCCAUUGUGUACGAGCAUCAUUGUCCAUAUUCAACAAUGUGAAAAAUGACACGCAAACUACUUGGUUGGAAAUAUACAUAGCAAUCAUUGCCUCUGCUGUGAACACUUGUCAGGACCCUCAUGAAGGAGUCAUGAGACUCGGGGUUUCCUGGGUAAAAAUCACAACAAUAACCUGCAUCGUGUAAUUUAAGUGGUCUUGGAAAAAGAUCAGCAUCACUUUUGAAUUAACAAUUAUGGUAGCCUGCAUCUGUUAUACAGCAGGUAGGCUGUCCUGUACAAUUAGCAUCCUGCAUCCACUCCCCUGACCAUAUUGCAGUCAUUCCAAGUUGUGCACUUUGUAUGUGGCCCAAUGGCAUGCAUGCCAUAUGAUGUUUCUUGAAUGUUUGGCUGCUAGAACAGCGCCAAUUUCCUUUGCUGUCCAGCCCCUCGUGUGUGCAGAAACCCAACUGCAGACCAUUAAUUAGCCCAUAAGCUAAGAGUUGGAGCAGCGCAGACAGAGGCCACUCCCAGAGGUCGGCGCAUGGGCACUACAGUUAUGCAGCCAUGGGAAAUCCACAGCACAAGCAGUCGCAAACUAUUUAUACCAACAGCGGAGCAGUCGACCAGGUAGCAGACAACCAGCAGGGACGCAACAUUGCCAGAGAAUACCAGGAUGAAGGAUACAUCCAGUAAGUUGCAGAAAUGGCAGAAAGUAUACAUCAACAGUAAAUAAUGGAACAGCCAACAAAUACGAAUAUAAGAUGUAUUGGGUAGAAGUUUGCAAGUGGGUUACACUCCGGAAAUUAAAUAAAAUCUAGUUGUGAAGAGACGUGCAAUGUCCGUCCCUCAACAUUUCACUUGUAUGUAUGCUGAACUUCUUUCGCACUGUACAUAGCCAACAACAAUAAUCGGUGCGGGACUUGUUGUAACCUUUAUGCAUGGAAAAAUCGGGAAUUUAAUUGUAGUUUUUCUUUACCACUCUUGUCUUGCAUUUGAAACCAGAAGUAGGCCUCACAGGCUGUAUAUUGCACGUUCUACAAACUGAUGCAUGCACAAGACGGUGGGUGAUCCAUCAGUCACCGAGAAGAUGUCAUUACAUACAAUAUACACUUUAAAUGAGAUGCA